AUGGGACAACAGAAUGAAGGAGGGGAGUCUUUAGUGAUAGCUGCAGUAGGAUCAGUUGUAUCUGUGUUUAUAAUUAUUGCCAUAGCAAUAAUCAUUUUGUAUUUUAUAAAAAAGAAAGCAAAGCAUGGGUCUUCUAAACCACAGUCAGCGUCACAUGAAAUGAGAAAUAGUAUCUAUAUGACCAAUGCAAAUGAAACACAUGGCAUGGAAAUAUCUGACAACAACACAACAACAGAAAAGCAUGAAAAAAACGAAUAUGCUUGUUACCCACGUGACAGACAAGAGCAACUGACGUCAACAGUGGCAUCAGAGGAUUCACCUUGUUACAGCACACUACGGAAGGAGGAAGAAAAGAGUGACGUCAUACUAAAUCAGAGUGAAUCGCAAUAUAUGUUUCUUCAUUAUGAUUCAAGAGCGAACACAAGUUCGACUGAACGUCAGACAGCUGAUACUGAGUCAGAUUAUUCUUACACUAGCUAUCCAGGGAAAAGUCGGACGGACAACGAGGAAGCAUCAAAGGAGUCACCUGAAUACUACACACUGCAAAAGGAGGAGAGUGGCGUCAUACAAAAACAGAAUGCAUCUCAAUCUAAAUAUAUGGUGCUACAGCACGAUACAAAUACUACAGCGAACACAGGUCCGUCUGCAACAGAAAGGGAGUCAGAGUCUGAGUAUUCAUACGUUAGCUAUCCUAUGAAAAGUCAGACUGACAACGAGGAAGUACCAACGGAUUUACCUGUGUCCACCUUGCAGAAGGAGCAAGAUAAUGAUGUCAUUGAUUUUAUAUCUAAUGUAAGAGUAAAGCCUAAUAAUAUCGAUAUUGUGAAGCAGGGAGGAUUGCAAUCUGGAUAUAUGUGUCUCCAACAAGAUGGAAGUAUUCGAUCUACCACAAUCGUACCUCCACUUGCAGUUCAUGUCAAGGCCGACAAUGAGAGCGAUGUUGAGUCUGAGUACUCAUAUGCUACCUACCAAGGAAAAGGUCAAAAUCAAACAAUGCCGAUAGGAAAUGCAGAUCGGUCGAAGGGUUACACGCCAAAAACAGACCAGGGCAGUGCCGUCAACAAUACAUUGAACGUUAGGUCACUUCGAAAUGAUGAUGCUUAUGCAGAAUUGAAGCUUGGUGUGAAUGAUUCCAACGAAGGUUCAUACGAUACGUUAAAUCACCUAACUCGCACUAGAGUUCCAGAUGACGUAAUUGACGACUACAACAAGCUGAUACUUACCCCUGAAUAUGGUGAAGAGUCAGAGGAGUAUACUAAUCUUAACAUGACAUUUCUGAAAGCGUGACCGAUGCUAGCUAUGGAAAAUUCAAACUGUCGGUAGGACCAGCGCAUGGAUCGAUUUAAACCAGCUGGGCAGAAUCUUUAAUGAUUGAUAUGAAAAAAAACUUGGUUAUUUACCAUGACAUAACACACGUUCUCAAUCAUUUCAAAUGAUAAAAUAGGGAUUCAAUUUGUAGACUUAAAUAUAACUUUUUUUUAACAAUAACAUUUAAUAUAAUAAAACCUAGACCAGGAAAUUCGGGGAUAGUCAGUUAUAGGAUAGUUGUAAUUCUUCUAGUUUACUUCCAGUGAUAAUAUUUAUAAAUCCACUGUCCAAACAUUAACUCGACAAUGGUUUUAGGCCUACUCCUACGUUAGGUUAGUUAGUUACUACCAUUUAUUGUUAUUUAUUGUUAUUUAUAAUCAUUUAUUAGUAUUACUAAUAAUGUAUUAUAUUAUAUUAUUUCAUGGAAAAACCAAAUUAUUACAACAGAACCCUCUGAAAAUCGAAGAAAAAUGGCCUUUUACACGGGCUCCGGUCAUUGUAGUUGCUAACGAAAAAUGCAAAAAGACGGGGACUUUUUUAAGCUUUUGAAAUUCAAAUAAAACAAGUUGCUUAAAUAACUGAACUAUAACAUAUCAAAAGUACAGAAUUAUCUGACAACAGGUAACGGGGAACGGACGAUGUCAACACAAAAAUUGGCCAUUUAACCCGAAAAUACCAGCCCGCGGAUAGCGUGCCUCCCGCUGUGCCAGUAGCUUGGUCGAAAAUGUUGACCAUAUUAGAUCCAUAUGGAACAUAAUGUAGACGAGGUAUUAAUUUAUUUCGUGAAUAUCUACUUUACAUGGAAACGAAUAUUUUUCUAGAGAAUUCCUAGGCUAUUACAUUACUUUUCACAAAAUGUUACGGUAUUUGAUGUAUUUAAUAUUGAGCGUCUUGCUGCAAAAACUAAGAACAAAAAAUAAAACAAUUUAAAAACAAAGAUUGGGAGUAUCAUUUCUGGGGGUCCAGGUACAACACCUUUUUUUGUUAAUUACUCUAUUCAAUAUAUUUCAGUGUAUUUAAUUUAUGCCUAUUCAAACAUACAAUAAAAGCAACAAAAACAAUUAAAUUAUCACAAAAU